AUGGCGCCCGGUCGUUCUGCAUCAAGCGGGAAUGCUGCGGCAUCCGCAUUCUCUCGUUUCUGGAAGAGAACCCAUGCGCCAGACUACCUGGGUUUCGCCAUUCUGCUUGGUACCUGGAUGCUGAUGCUUGUCUUCCUCGAGCCGUUCCACCGCAUGUUCUUCAUUAACGAUCUUCGCAUCUCUUAUCCCCAUGCAGAAGUUGAGCGUGUGCCUGUGUACAUGAACUUUGUUUACGCCCUCUUCGUGCCGCUGGGCGUUCUAAUUAUCUACAACCUUAUGACGAAGGCUUCACCUCAUAAGCAUGAGGUUACCUACUUGAGCCUUGGUAUCUCCGUCAUCAUGACCUCCUUCAUCACAGACCUAAUCAAGAACGCUGUUGGCCGACCAAGGCCCGACCUUUUGGCAAGAUGUAAGCCUGCCGCUGGCACCAAGCCCGACCUGCUUGUCACCAUCGACGUCUGCACAGAGAAGGCCCAUCACCUCCUACAUGAUGGUUGGCGGUCCUUCCCCUCCGGUCACUCGUCCUUCUCCUUCGCUGGCCUCGGGUUCCUCAGCAUUUUCCUCGCUGGCCAGCUGCACAUCUUCCGCCACAACAGCGGCGGCCGUGAUCUGAGCCGGGCGUUGAUCUGUCUGGUGCCCCUACUUGGGGCUGCCUUGAUUGCCAUCAGCCGGUGCGAGGAUUACCGACACGACGUUUACGACGGUCCGCCGUAG